GAUAUUCACUUUUCUCCCUACAGAGCAUGGUUGCAGAGUGCACAUGGAUUUAGUCGACCUCUACCUCCCAGAGUGUUUCACCUACCACUCUGACACAGAACAUUUUGGCAGGAUGUCAGUGAGGGGCUUGGACCCCACCUGUCCCCCCACUAUAAAGCGUGAGCCCUCCAGCCCCAGCCCCAGCUCUCAGGGCGACGUCAGCCCGCCCCAGCCCAGUCCUGGAAGCACUUCCUCGGACACAAACUCCAGCUACGGAGCCCUGAUCAAAGGCCACAACCUCAUCAGUGGGCUGGACUCACCAAGCCUCUAUGGUCACGCAGCAGGGUUGGCCAAUAAUGGAGGAGCAAACAGGAGGUUUGUUCAAGAGGAAACCCAAGUGAAGUGUGAAUUCAUGCUGGGCUCGGUGGCCAAGCGUGUGUGUCUGGUGUGCGGUGACGUUGCCUCGGGUUACCACUAUGGUGUGGCCUCCUGUGAAGCCUGCAAGGCCUUUUUCAAGAGGACCAUCCAGGGAAACAUUGAAUACAGCUGCCCAGCGUCCAAUGAAUGUGAAAUCACCAAGAGAAGAAGGAAAUCCUGCCAGGCCUGUCGAUUCGUGAAAUGUCUGUCUGUGGGCAUGUUGAGAGAAGGACUGAACAAUGCAUAG